UGGAGAUGCAGGGGAACCAGUAAAGGUUCAGUUGUCAUUGUCUUUGUUUUUGACGCCCCUCCUGCUUCUUUUAGGCUCAGACCGGUACAAGGUGUCAGGAUAUUACCAUACAAUGCUGUGUAUUUACCGUUUUACGUAAUCUGCCCCGGAAGCCGGGUACUUAUAGUCACGCAGGUUUGAGGAGAUGAAAGACUUAAAACGACGUAGCACUGGAUACUCUGCAGCCCUGGCUCUGCUUCUGCAAACAGAUUCUGUGUUUUCUGAGUGACGUGGACUCAGGCUGCCUGCUAUUUAUUCUAUUUUGUGAUUUGGUUGUUUUUUUUUCCAGAGGAAGGAAGCUUAUUUCUUUCAUUUUUAUUUACUUAUUUAGAGCUGAGGGUCAAGGUAACUACACUUAAAAGGUGGACGGUCAGUCAGGCAGCCAUGCGAGGCCAGCGUGUGGUGGAGACCGAGUGCAGGUACUGGAACCCAGCGGUCUGGCUCCUGGCAUCCUUGCUGGGUUCCCUCAUCUUAGGGGCCAUGAGCGUUCUGCAACGACUCGGAGACUUAAAGAUAAACAAACGAGAUGCAUCAAUUGUUUCAGCCGGUGCGAUGCAAAGCCUACCAGGAUUGCUAUACCAAGUCAGGCUGGUGAACGGACGCACCGGGUGUGAGGGCAGAGUGGAGGUAGGCUUCAACAACACCUGGGGCACAGUGUGUGACGAUGACUGGGACAUGGUGGAUGCCAACGUGGUGUGCAGGCAGUUGGGAUGUGGCGUGGCUGCAGCCGUAGUCAGCAGCUCUCACUUCGGACGGGGGAAAGGGUUGAUCGCUUUGGACAACGUGGACUGUGGGGGCAAUGAAGCCGGCCUAAGCCAGUGUCUCAAUCUGGGCUGGGGCGUCAACAACUGUUACCACUAUGAGGAUGUGGGCAUUGUCUGCAGAGAGCCAUUCUUGUUUGGGGCAAGGGAUUUGGAGGUUCCCACCACACCGACCCUGCUAGACUCUGGUUUAGGAGAUGGCCUGAUCCGUUUGGUAAAUGGGCAGCACUCUUGCCAAGGACGGGUCGAGAUUCACUUCCAGGGACAGUGGGGGACGGUGUGUGACGAUGACUGGGACCUCAACGACGCCUCCGUGGUGUGCCUUCAGACAGGCUGUGGUAACGCCAUUGCUGCACACACCAACUCCUUCUUUGGCCACGGUACCGGCCCCAUCUUUCUGGACAAUGUCAACUGCACCAGCACUGAGUUCAACCUGGCGUCCUGUAAGAGCCUGGGCUGGGGCAAACACAACUGUGGACACCAUGAGGACGCUGGAGUCACCUGCACCGGAACCACCACCACAGCAGCCCCAUCCACGGCCACUCAAACAGUAUUGUGGAGAUCACUGAACAUCAACGGAACAGAAGCCAAUCCUGUCUCUACAUCAACAUCUACGUCAACGACCACAACAACGGUCACCACCACUACCACCACAACAACAAAAGCAACAACAACCACGACUGUUGCCACAACUAACAAGAAAACAGCUCAGUAUCCCCUCCGUUUGGUGAAUGGGAAUAACGACUGUGAGGGUCGUGUGGAGAUCCUCUUCAACAACGUGUGGGGGACAGUAUGUGACGACGCCUGGGACAUCAUUAAUGCCAGAGUGGUGUGCAGCCAGGUUGGUUGUGGCCCAGCUAUUGCAGCCAAGAACCAGGCCUACUUCGGCUAUGGAACGGGUCCCAUCCUGCUGGACAAUGUGGACUGUCAGGGCUCUGAAGCAGAGCUUGCCCAGUGCUUCAACCUAGGCUGGGGUCAGCACAACUGUGGCCACAAUGAGGAUUCUGGAGUAAUCUGUGCAAGUAAGACCUGAUCGGGCAUCAUUUGGCACCUCAACAUUAGACCUCCAUUUAUAUUGUGUAUACAUUGUAGUUAAAAUGGAAAAUAUUUGUAUUUAUUGUCAAAUUAUGAUCUAUCAAGAAUACGCAGUUCAAUAGGAAGCACACAAAUCCCACCCCGCUGAGCUGUGAUUUUUCACUAUGUGACUGUGUUCAUCAAGAAGGAUGCUAUGGAGGACAGAAACUGCCAAAAUAAAAUUAAUACAGCCAUAAAAUCAAUGAAUCAAAGUAAUUAACCCAAGAAAAAUAAGGGUGUUAGACAAUUGUUACUAUAUUAAAUGUAAUAUUUUUAUGUAAUAUUUAAAUUUUUAUUGCAAAAAGUAUCUUUCAUUCACCCCAGUAAUUUAAUCAUCUUUUUUCUUUGAUUUUCUUUUUAAAAUAUUUUUAAUCUUUUGAAUUGUUAGAGAUUUUUAUUUCUGUAUUGUAAUCCUUUAGUUUUUAAUUUAUUUAAUUCUAACAUGAUUUGGUUCUGUAUUUUUUACUUAAUUUUUUUUUCUCUAAUUUUUUUCAAACUAAGAUGUAUUUUCUUCUCUAAUAUUAACACCUUGGUUCUAUUUUUUCAUGUACCUUUUUAAAAAUUCUCUAUUUUAUUUUAUUUUAUUUUAUUUUAUUAUUUUAUUAUUUUAUUUUAUUUUAUUUUUAUUUACAAGGUGUUUGCACCCACAUCAUUGUAAAAUAGGGGAUGAUGCUAAAGGGGAGGGGAGGUCUUUCACAACUUUUCCUGCUGGUCAUCAUGAAGUUACUGUUCUGAGAUUGAUUAUGCAUGUCUUGCUGCCCAAGUAUCAGUGCCAUUUGAAAACAAGCGGUUUUCAGCCGUCUCCAGCAGAUUGCUGACUGAUCAACAUGAGACAGCGAACAGGGCAUGUUGCUAUCUCACCUGAAAAUAAGACUUCUGCUGAAGUGAACUCCAGUCUAGUCCCACGGAGUGUCCACCGCUACUACGCUGGAGAGUCAUCUCCUCGUGUCUCUUCUGGCUGUUUGGGCGCUUAAUGAAGGAAGAUGCUGGACUUCAACCAGCUUCAAGAAGAGUAUUCCUCUGUCUUAGCUGUCGCCAAGUUAAAGCGGUAAAAGUUUCCCUUUGUUGCCAGAAGAACUAGAAGAAACUCUGAUGUCGUCCUUACUCCACUUUUUGGUGACCAGUUUCAUUUUUGUCCCACCUAAACUGAGGACAACUUUUAAACAUGAAUGGACGUCCUCUGCCCUGAAUCUACAGCAAGAGGACAGAUGGAAAUGAAAGACUGUAUUUUUGUUUUUUAUUGAAAGUUGGGAAAAUGUCUUUGAAUAAAAUUGUUUUUGGUACUUUCAUAUCUUCAAACGCACAAUAUAUUGUUUCAAUAAAUGUUCAACUUUUGUGAAUAUAUUGUUUCAAUAAAUGUUCAACUUUU